UUUCAUUUAUCUCUCCCUUCCUUUUGUUUACUUUCUUUUCCUUCUCUCUUUCUCUCCUCUUUCUAUUUCUACGCUACUCUUCUUUUUCUUUUAUCUUUCAAAAAUGCGUUCCUGGAGCAGUUGGCUAUGCUCCUUGCUGCUACUCGGCACGGCCGUCUCGGCUCUCCGACCAGCAGCUUACGUCGUCGAGUUGUCCACUAAACCACAUGAUUCCAUGUUUUACAAGCGAGACAACAGCAUGAUCGUUCGAUAUACGUACGAUUCGGCCCUGCUUCGAGGUAUGGCGGUUGAAUUUGCCUCCGAAGACGUUGCCAAGCAAGCGUUGCAACAUCAGGACGUUAUCAAUUACUGGCCCAUCACCCCCCGAUCACGACCUGCAGCUGCGACGAAUCACACUGCUACGAACGAUUUACCAUUAAAACUCGCUCACAAAGACGAUGUUGCCACCUUGACAGCCCAAAACAAUGUUUAUAAACAACUUGGUGUCACAGGAAAAUCUAUUCGUAUUGGCAUCAUUGAUUCCGGCGUCGAUUACCGUCAUCCAGCGCUCGGUGGAUGUUUUGGUCCAAAGUGCAAGGUUGCUUUUGGACACGAUUUGGUGGGCAACAAUUAUGAUGGCACACCCAACUCAAUUCAGGAAAGUGAUGAUCCUCUUGACGAUUGCCCUGCCAAUUCAACUGCAGCAACUGGCCAUGGCACGUUUGUCUCUGGUCUCAUCGCAGCACAAGAUAAAAUCUACAACUGGACAGGCGUUGCUCCCGAAGCCAAGCUAGGCAUGUGGAGGUGUGUGUGUGUCUUUUUGUACGUGCAUCUUAGAGUGUUUGGUUGUAACACCGGAAGAACAGGCAAUGAUAUCUUGAUCAAAGCAAUGGAAAUGGCUUUUCAUGCCAACAUGGAUAUUAUCAGCAUUUCGCUGGGCGAUGCCGGAGGUUGGGAAGAAGAUGUUCUGUCCGUCAUCGCCAAUCGCAUGGUCGCACAAGGUCGUCAUGUGGUGGUGGCCAGCGGUAACAGUGGCGGCAGCGGGAUCUUUUUGACGGCGACUCCAGCUACCGGUCGUGAUGUGAUUGCUGUGGGCUCAACGCUCAAUGAUCACACUUCCGCUUAUAUGCUAAGCAUUGAUGAUACGCUGGAUGUUCCCUAUCGAAGCUUUGUCAGUUUAGCUAUUGAUCUGAAUGGUACUUUGCCGAUGGUCGCUUCCAGCCAUAAAUUCAAUGUUACAGACGACGGUUGCAAACCGCUUGGUGACGAUGCCAAAAAUGCCAUUGUACUUAUUCAUAAAGGUGGAUGCAGUACGUCGAGCAAGGUACAACAUGCAGAACAAGCCGGGGCCAAAGCGGUGGUCAUCUACACCGACACGCAUCACACCACCGACGUCGAGGUGAUCUCGGGUGCUAAAGUGCCGGUGGCCUUUAUCAACUCGGUCGAUGGCGAAAAAGUGCAUUCUAUUUUGGUCAAGUCAAAACAUGCCAAAGCCACCUUUACGCACAUCAUGACGGCCGUGCCAGCGCCUCCUCAUGACGUGAAUCGUAUCUCGUCGACUUCUACCCUCGGUCCCACCAAUGAAAUGCAGCUUAAACCGGAACUGGUGGCGGUAGGCGGCAAUGUCUUUUCUACUUUGCCUCACUACAAAAAUUACUACGGUGUCAUGUCUGGUACUUCCUUUUCCGGACCCUUUGUUGCCGGUUGUGUGGCCCUUUUAUUGGAAAAACAUCAUCUGUCCCCCGACGAAAUGAAAACAGUUCUCAUGAACUACGCCAGCCCAGUGCGUCCACUCUUCAAUAGUUUGCCUUACGGUGAUUCACCGGUCCGACAAGGAGCUGGACUCGUGGAUGUGGUUCAAGCUGUGGAAGGAAUGAAGCACUUUAGUGUGACACCUGCCAAAAUCAGCUUUAACGACACCAUGCAUCACAAAUCACAAACAUUGACUAUUCACAACACCGGUGACCACGAGUUUGAGGUGACGCUUAGCCAUGUCCCUUCGCUGACAGUGACAGGCUACAACCAAAAGCAUCCGGAAGAUUUUACACCUACCGAACCUAUUGCCUUUGCUGUCCACAAUAACUCGGUCGCUUCGCUCUCGUUCUCAAAAACACAUGUCACCAUUCCCAAAGGCGGAUCCGUUUCGGUUGAGAUUGAUGCCCAUCCACCCAAAGACAUUGAUCCCAAAUCCCAUCCUAUUUACGGCGGCUACAUUCGCCUGACGAGCAGCGCUUCCAAGGAUAAGAAAAUCACGGCGCACGUUCCUUACAUUGGUAUGUCGGGCAAUAUGAGCUCGCUUCCUAUCCUUGACCGCACUAAAGGAGAUCCCAGCAAGCCAGGCCAUUAUCCUUUCCCAGCGAUUGGGUUUGGUAACGGAACAAUUCUCGCCAACGAUACAGGUUACUUUAAUAUCAGCUCCGAUUUACGUGAUCAACCGGUGGUUCUGGCCCGUCUUCUCACUGGCACAGCUCAGUUGCGCAUGACGGUGUUGCAGGACGGUAAGGCGGUCGGAGAAGUGCCCAAUGAUCCGCUUUCAGAUUACUCGCGGGAAUGGAUGCAACGCAAUACUCUUGCACCUACCAGCAGCUCCGUCGCAUACUAUGCAUGGCCAUGGAAUGGGGUUUACACCACGUCUUUAAACAGUCACGACAAGAAAGCGGUUCAGCCAGGUCAUGUGUAUCAAAUUCGCUUGGAAGCACUUUAUGUAUUUGGUGAUCGCGAUAAAAAGGAAGACUGGGACAUAUGGACAUCUCCAAAGAUGAUUUUCAACGUCCCUCAUCGUCGUUCACGCCAUCAUCAUCGCGCAUCUCGUCAGCAACACUCUGAUUAAUCGAUUGCAUUCUCCUUUACUUUUUUGUUUUUGUUUAUUUUGUACCAUCUGAUGAAUCAAAAGUUUGAUCCAUCAUCCUUAAUAGAUAUCCAAGUUUUGUAUGUGUUCUCUAUCUGACAACCUCUACCCUCCGCUUUUUUUUCCAACUUUCUCCUUC